CCGGGCGAGGGAGGAGGUGAGAUAGAAAGGAAGGCUGAGUCGAACAGGGAGGAGGAGGAUCGAGGGAAGAAGAGAAGGAAGGGUGAGGGAGGAGGCGGAGGGAGUGCACGCGGCGAGUGCGCGGCUGGGUUCGCUGGAUGAGAGCAAAGAGGGGGUGUGCAUCGGCACCAAGAGGGACCCGGGGCCGGCGAGACCGAUCGCAGCUCUGGGAGAUAGAACGAGAGCAGGGCGCCAGCCCAGGAGGGCGGAGGAGUGCGCUUCAAACGGGCACUGGGGUGCGCGGUCCCAGCCCCUGCAUCUCGGGAGCUAGGUCUCCCGUGCUGGGGACAGCCAGGCUGGAAGUCCCAGGAGGAGGGGAGGGAAGAACUAGGGGGUCGGGAGCUGGGAAAGGGUCGCUCCGAGGCCUCUUGGAUGGGGGGUGCGGCUCGCCUGAGCGCCCCUCAAGCGCUGGUACUCUGGGCCGCACUGGGAGCGGCAGCUCACAUCGGACCUGCACCUGAUCCCGAGGACUGGUGGAGCUACAAGGAGAAUCUCCAGGGAAACUUCGUGCCAGGGCCUCCCUUCUGGGGCCUGGUGAACGCUGCCUGGAGCCUAUGCGCUGUGGGAAAGCGGCAGAGCCCCGUGGAUGUGGAGCUGAAGCGGGUUCUUUACGACCCUUUUCUGCCCCCACUCAGGCUCAGCACCGGGGGAGAAAAGCUCCGGGGAACCUUAUACAACACUGGCCGCCAUGUCUCCUUCCUACCUGCAUCCCGCCCUGUGGUCAACGUGUCUGGGGGUCCUCUUCUUUAUAGCCACCGACUCAGUGAACUUCGGCUGCUGUUUGGAUCUCGAGAUGGGGCUGGCUCUGAACACCAGAUCAACCACCAGGGCUUCUCUGCUGAGGUGCAGCUAAUCCACUUCAACCAAGAACUCUACGGAAAUCUCAGUGCCGCUUCAAGGGGCCCCAAUGGCCUGGCUAUUCUCAGCCUCUUUGUCAAUGUGGCUGGCAGCUCCAACCCAUUCCUCAGUCGCCUCCUCAACCGGGACACCAUCACCCGAAUCUCCUACAAGAAUGAUGCCUACUUUCUUCAAGACCUGAGCCUGGAGCUCCUGUUUCCAGACUCCUUUGGCUUCAUCACCUAUCAGGGCUCUCUCAGCACCCCUCCGUGCUCCGAGACUGUUACCUGGAUCCUCAUCGACAGGGCUCUCAAUAUCACCUCCCUCCAGAUGCACUCCCUGAGGCUCCUGAGCCAGAACCCCCCAUCCCAGAUCUUCCAGAGCCUCAGCGGUAAUGGCCGGCCCCUGCAGCCCUUGGCCCACAGAGCCUUGAGGGGCAACAGGGACCCCCGGCACCCCGAGAGGCGCUGCCGAGGCCCCAACUAUCGCCUGCAUGUGGACGGUGGUCCUCAUGGUCGCUGAGACUGCCCCUCCAAAAGAGGAUUACUCCAGCCUGUUCUGAGCUUCCUCACGAGGAAAGGGGAGUCACCCUAAAACAAAGCUAUUAAAGGGACUGAAUGUGUCCAGCU